CGUGCGUUGAUACCGGUUGAACGGUGACUAGAAAAGGAUGUAGAAAUGUGCUUCAGGUCCGGCUCGGGGACAAACAACUGUUCGAUGAGCAGCACCGAGGACGAAAAUGAUGACGAAUCCUCAACGGAAUCGCUAGCUGGCCGAACGGUGGCCAUCAACCGGGAUCGGCUGCCGAUUGUUUAUCGGUCCGAGUAUUCGGUGCGAUUCUGUGGCCUGCAGAAGCUUCACCCUUUCGAUGCAGCAAAGGGUGGGAACAUUUAUCGGUUGCUUAAGGCGGGAAAGCUAAUCCCGAACGACGAGGCAAUUUACUCGCCAACCGAAAUCACCCUCGACGAGCUGCUCGAAGUUCACACGAAGCGGUACAUCGAAAGUUUACAGUGGAGUCUUAACGUAGCCAGGAUAGCCGAAAUUCCACCGCUAAUGUUUGUGCCAAACUGUUUCGUACAGCGAAGCUAUCUGCGACCGAUGCGCUUCCAAACGGGUGGGACGCUUUUGGCCGCACGAAUCGCCCUCCAGUCCGGCCUCGGGUGGGCCAUAAACUUGGGCGGUGGGUUUCAUCAUUGCAGUGCCGACCGAGGCGGUGGUUUCUGUCCGUAUGCCGAUAUUACGCUCGCGGUCAGGAUGCUGCAAUCGAGCGGCAGUGGAGUCGAGCGAAUAUUGAUUGUUGAUCUCGACGCUCACCAGGGCAAUGGCUACGAACGCGAUCUAAUGGGCAAUGAGUCGGUGUACAUAAUCGAUAUGUACAACUAUCACAUCUAUCCGCGUGAUCAUGAGGCGAAACUCGCCAUCCGAUGUGCGGUUGAACUGAAGCCCCACACGAACGACGAGGAGUACCUGAGAAAGCUAAGAAAAUGCUUGCAGCAGUCGUUAGCCGAGUUUGAACCAAACUUUAUCAUCUACAAUGCUGGUACGGACGUUCUCAAGGGCGAUCCAUUAGGCCUGCUCGACAUAACACCGGAAGGUGUGACGGAACGCGAUGAAAUCGUGUUUCGUGCAGCUCUUGAACGAUCCAUUCCUCUGGUAAUGCUGCUGAGUGGAGGUUAUCUGCGCAGCUCUGCUAGAGUGAUUGCAAACUCGAUCCUUAACCUACGCGACAAAGCUCUGCUAUCGACCGUACAGUAGAUGAAAAAAUGAUGAAAUUCCGUCACGUGCUUGUGCUUUUCUGCCACCCGCCAGACAAGGGCCAUGAUUGAAAGUAUUUAACGGAAAAAUGAUUUGGCACGACCGUGAAGCUUUCCGACAGUUCCAAGCUUCGUUUCCUAACGUUUUAUAGCUCAAUAAACCAUAACCA